AUGGGAGAUCCUGUGGAACCAACUGACGAGGCAUUUGGGAGCAUCCUUGCGGUUGGAAUCGCCUUGCCUCUGGUGUUGCUGAUAAUGGUCACAGUCACAGCAGGAAUUUUAAUGUACCGACAUCGCAAGACGAGUAGAAGAGAAGGGUCAGAAGAACCGCUUCUUCCGUCAGAGAACAGCAACUCUAUCCGAUCUGUCAUCUUCCUUCCCAAUCUCAGGAGUCGCCUCUGCCUCCUUCGUCGAAUUCCCUCACCUCAUUUUUCCCACUGUGAUGCGGAGGAAAGCGUGAAUAUUUAA